UAGCGGCGUUAGCUUUUCUUUUGUUAGAAUGUAGCUUGAAGACGGUUUUGAUUUAUUUGGCAAAUAUUUGAGUGUUUGCAGCAACUCUGUCUUCAGUUCAGUCCCAGAGAGAGUUUAUCAACGAGCAGUUUAUUCCUGCUGAAGAAACUUUAACGGAGUUUUAUAAAAUCACCGUCAAAUCCGAGGAAGAGAUGGAUGAUCAGCGCAGACUACGGACUCCCCAGAUAAUCUUACAUCGAAUAGAUCACCCACGAUACUGUUUGUGUAAAGAGGAGGUUCUCAAAGAGCUCAGCAACCAGAAGAGGAAGUCCACUUUAAAUGAAAAGGAGCUGGAAGAUCAACAGUUCAGAGAGGAAGAGAAUCAACUCUGCAUCAGUCAGGAUGAAGAGCAGCUUGUGCUGAAACACGAAACUGGAGACAUUUUAGUGACUCCUUCUAAUGUACGAAAACUCAACAAUGAAACAGAACCAAACCGGAACCAACUCGUCUCUCAAGCUUUUCCAAAAGAUGAGAACCAGGUUGAGGAAGGAAGCAAUUCUGGAGACCCAGGAGAAAAGAAAGACAAAGAGCAGAAACAAAACAAGAGAUGUCAGAAAAACAUCCGGCAAAAAGGAACUACUGAAGGUCCAAAACAAAAGAAGUACAAAAAAUCUCACCUAAAGAAAAAACUAUAUCCUUGUACAGUUUGUGAUAAAAUCUUUUCCAGAAACGAGUGUUUGACGAGACACACAAGAAUUCACACAGGUGAAAAACCUUUCACAUAUAUUAGUUGUGGAAAGAGUUUCACUCAGAAAAGACAUUUAGCUACUCACAUGAGGAUUCACACAGGUGAGAAACCUUUCACAUGUAUUAGCUGUGGAAAGAGUUUCACUCAGAAAACUCAUUUAGCUACUCACAUGAGGAUUCACACAGGUGAGAAACCUUUCACAUGUAUUAGCUGUGGAAAGAGUUUCACUCGGAAACGUUAUUUAGCUACUCACAUGAGGAUUCACAAAGGUGAGAAGCCUUUCACAUGUAUUAGCUGUGGAAAGAGUUUCACUGAGAAUAGUUAUUUAGCUACUCGCAUGAUGAUUCACACAGGUGAGAAACCUUUCCUAUGUAUGACUUGUGGAGAAGGUUUUACCAAGAGACAAAUAUUAACUUCUCACAUGAGGAUUCACACAGGUGUGAAACCUUUCACAUGUAUUAGUUGUGGGAAGAGUUUUACUAAAAAAUGUAGUUUAGAUAUCCACAUGAGGAUUCACACAGGUGAGAAACCUUUCACAUGUAUUAGUUGUGGGAAGAAUUUUACUAAAAAAUGUAGUUUAACUAUCCACACGAGGACUCACACAGGUGAGAAACCUUUCACAUGUAUUAGUUGUGGGAAGAGUUUUUCUAUAAAAAGCCAUUUAGCUACUCACAUGAGGUUUCACACAGGUGAGAAACCUUUCCCAUGUAUGACUUGUGGAAAAAGUUUUACAGAGAGAAAAAUAUUAACUUCUCACAUGAGGAUUCACACAGGUGAGAAACCUUUCACAUGUAUUAGUUGUGGGAAGAGCUUUACUAGAAAAUGUAGUUUAACUAUCCACAUGAGGAUUCACACAGGUGAGAAACCUUUCACAUGCAUUACUUGUUUAAAAAGUUUCACCCAUAGAAAUAGUUUAUAUAUUCACAUGAGAACUCACAGUAGUCAGACUAUUUAAUGUGAACCUCAAGUACCGAGUUGCUCUGUAACUUGUCUUAUUCUGUAAUUACACCUGAGUGAAGUUGCCCCUCCAUAACUCCUUCCACAGUCUUCAAAUCUAGCAAAGUUGCUGUCAAACAUUUUGGCAGUAACAAAAAAAUCACUUUGCUGCUUUUGCUUUGAAAAUAUUGAUGAUGACCUCAGAUGACCUCUGGAUAUCUUUUUUUUUUCCUAAUAUCUUUAAAAUUAUACCUGAAGACAGUUGGGUGAGUUGUGGGAGGGCAACUUCACUCAGGUAGUAAUUACAUCUGGAUCACAUUUUAAAAUAUUUAGUUUAGUUAAAAUAGCUUUUCAGUUAAGAGUUAUAAUUGUAGUUGCGUAUUAGAUUCAUGUUAUGGGUUCAUGUUUGGACCGGUUGACUACAGCUACUAGGAUUGGGAUUAAUGUUUUCUGUAUUUGAAUGUAAACAUCACUCAUUAUUACUUUCAUUAUUUUUUAUGUUUCUGUUUCAAGAUAGAAAUCCUGAAUCAGAGUGAAUGCCAGACUUUGUGGUUUUUAUGUAAUAAAGUAAAUUUCCCAUUGUGAUAGUUUUCUUCUUUCCAGUUUAGCUGUGGAUUGUGACUCAUUUAAAGGUGUAGUUGGUGGCUGCAUGUAUCAGUGAAACCAAGCUUAGGCUAGUUGGACACCAUCUGUUUUAUUCACCAAGCUUAUAUUCAAAUUGAAAAAUACUUUUUCUGAUACAAAAAUGUCUGUAAGUAAAACCAUGUAUUUGUAAUUAUUAUGUAAUAAACUCAAUUUUACGUUAAGAUUGUCUUAUUACUUUCUGUUUAGCAGAAGUUUUUGACUUUAAGCC